AUGGGUGCGCAAGACAUGUCGGUGCGGGGCCAGCUCUCUGCGACGCGGCUCCGGCCGAGGCUCACUGGGAUGCUCCGAGCACGCCUCUACCCGCCGGACCGCGUCCAUUUCGACGUCGACCAUGAGGCGAUCAUCCGCUACCAGGUACUGGACAAGCAGCCCUCCAAGAAUGGCGACGUUUCCGCCAAGGACGGCUUCUGCCUCCAGAAGUUCGUGAAUCCCAACGGCCUCGCCGGGGACCGGCACGACGCGCGACAGUACUUCACCUCCUACCUGAACCAGUGUGGCAAAGCUGCAGGAGAUGAUAUGGACAGACAAAGCAUCGCAGACUUCAUCUACGACACGACUGCUGGGAAGGGAAAGGAGAUGGAUGAGGGCGACCAAUUCACAGCCGUCCAGCAGGUGAUCCUCACCAUCACCAAGCAGGACUUCCAGCGCCUGCGCGGACUUACGCAGAAGCUGAUGAGGUACGACCGCUUUCCAACGCAGGAUGAGAAGUCCAAGGCCAAGAAGGGGCCGCAGACGGAGAUGGAGUACGAGUUCGGCUCAGAGCUCGACUUCGUCUACCCCUUGGAGGCGGACUCUUCGGCCUGGCGGCCCACCGCUGAGGAGCCGGAAAAGGAGUCUGUUGAGCAGCUCUUCUUCCAUCGCGCCAAGGAGCUGAUUCGAGGCAGCGGCUCCUCUGCCCCGCCGAAGGCCAAGCCCAGCAAAGUCGAGAGGCGGAAGGAGCUCAUUUGGUUUCGAACUGCCUGCGAAGAGCAUCUAACACGGCAGGCUGCAGGAAGUUCAUCCAGUGGCGGCGGUAGCGCAUCCAUGACGGUAGAAGAGCUGAUGGGGCAGCUACUUGAAACGUUAGACAAGGGCGAGGAUGCCGAUCAGGGUGCUCUGAUUGAUCUCCUCGGAUUCGAGGCCUUCGAGUUCGUCGGUCAGCUCAUCGACCGGCGUGCCAGCAUCCUCGAGGACUGGAUAGAGUUGAAGCGGCAAGCUUCAGACAUCAUAACCAAGCAGGGGCAAUCCGCAGCUGCCGCGGCGAAGCCGCAGCAGCGUGGAGCCAGCUUUGGUCCUCGCAUCUCCGUCAUGUCUGAGAGCGAGAAAAAGAAUGCAAAGAUGUCGAAGAAGGCCGCCAGUCGCGAGAACCGCCCCAGCAGCGAGAACGCGCACUCCGCGGCCUUGCAGUUGCUGGCGUCACUGAGUACAGAUCCCGACGAGCUUGAUGCAGAGCUGGAGAUAAAGAAGCCUCUGGUGACGCCGAAGCCUGCAAGCGAGAAGAACAAGAACAUCCAUCAGUCGAACCUGUCCGGCAUGGGUCUUCGCUUGGUACUCCCCGAGGGCACCGAGCGGAAGCACUUCAAAGGAUACGAGCGCGUUGAUGUGCCAGCGGCACCUCCGUUUGACCCCGACGUGGCGAAAGUGAACUACAUCCAGAUCAAGGAGUUGCCACAAUGGGCGCAGAUCGCCUUCAAAGGAACGGAGAAGCUGAACACAAUCCAGUCGAUCGUGUUCAACGCGGCCUUUGGGCGCUCGCAGAACUUGCUGAUAUGUGCCCCGACAGGCGCCGGCAAGACCAACAUCGCCGUUCUGACGAUCCUGCGCCUGAUCGGCCAGCACAUGGAUGCUGCAGGUGGCAUCGGCCGCGACUUCAAGGUGGUCUACAUGGCGCCCAUGAAGGCUUUGGUCGGUGAGGUCUCCGAGAAGUUCCAGCAGCGGCUGGGACCACUGGGAGUGAACGUCGCCGAGCUGACCGGGGACAUGAACCUCACAAAGAAGGAGCUGGAGCAGGUCCACGUCAUCGUGACGGUCCCUGAAAAGUGGGAUGUCAUGACGCGCAACACUGCAUGCGGAGGUGGACAGAGCGAUGACAGCUUGCAAAAACUUGUGCAGCUCAUCAUCAUUGACGAAGUCCACCUUCUGAACGACGACCGCGGCGCGGUGAUCGAGACCGUGGUGGCGCGCUCCUUGCGCUUCCAGGAGACCAGUGGCCAACCCGUGCGCAUCGCAGCGCUGUCUGCCACGCUGCCCAACUACCAGGACGUGGCCUCCUUCUUGCGAGUGGAGGGAGAGAACCUCUUCUACUUCGAUUCCUCCUACCGGCCCAUUCCGCUUGAGACGUCCUUCCUUGGCAUCACAGAGACCAACCGCGUGAAGCAUCUCGCAAAGCUGAACGAGAUCUGCUACGAAGCCGUGGUGGAGCAGGUCCGAAAAGGCCACCAAGUCAUGGUCUUCGUACACUCUCGGGGGGACACCUUCAAAACAGCGUCAGCUUUGGCACAGAUGGCUCAGGACAACAACCACCAGGGCCAUUUCGACAUGCGCACGCACGAGAAGUACUCCUACUUCCAGCAGCAGGUUCAGAAGUCCAGGAACAAGCAGGUGCAGCUGAUUUUCGAGUCAGGCUUCGGCAUCCACCAUGCCGGUAUGCUGCGCUCAGACCGCACGCUUACCGAGAAGAUGUUCCUGGCUGGCGUCAUCCCAGUGCUCUGCUGCACGGCGACACUUGCCUGGGGCGUCAACUUGCCCGCAAGGAGUGUCAUCAUCAAGGGAACCUCCAUCUUCGACUCCCAAGCGGGCGGAUACAAGGACCUGGGCAUCUUGGAUGUGCAGCAGAUCUUCGGUCGUGCUGGCCGCCCGGGCUUCGACACGCAAGGCCAUGCCACUUUGAUCACCGAGCACGCCAAGCUCAACACCUACCUGCGAUUGCUCCUGCACCAGAUGCCCAUCGAGUCGAAAUUCCUGGAGAACAUGGCGAAUUCCCUGAAUGCCGAGAUCGCCAUGGGCAACGUCUCUUCCGAGAAGGAUGCUGCUGACUGGCUGCGCUACUCCUACCUCUUCGUGCGCUUCUUCCGCACACCGCAGAAGUUUGGUAUCACCCAACAGGACUUCGAAACCGACCCCACCCUGGAGAAGAAGCGAAGAGAGUAUGUCCAUGAGGCAGCCAGCAAGCUCUGCAACGCGCGGCUCAUACGAAUCGACAACAACCGAAACUACAACCCGACGGACCUGGGGCGCGUGGCCGCGCGCUUCUACGUCGAUUGGGAGACCGCGGAAUCGUUUAGCAAGGGUCUCGUGCAGCACAUGGACGAUGACAGGAUACUUGCGCUCUUCGGCAAGGCGCACGAGUUUAGCCAACUGAAGAGCCGCGAAGAUGAGCAAGCGGAGCUGGGGCAGCUGAUGGAAGACCCGCAGGUCUGCCCUGUCCGAGUCCUUGGCGGCACAGAUAACAUCUACGGCAAGGUGGCCAUCCUACUGCAAGUCUACCUCAGCCGGAAGUAUAUCGAGGGCUUCAGCCUGGUCAGCGACUGCAACUACGUGCUGCAGAAUGCCUCGAGGCUCUUCCGUGCCCUCUUUGAGAUCACCAUGACGCGGGUGACCAACAUGAGCGAGAUGAGCGACCGGCUCCUUGAAUGGUGCAAGAUGAUCGAUCAACGACUCUGGCAAAGUCAGCACGUGCUGCGGCACUUCUGCUACCCACCGGGAAGCGCCAACAGCAACAAGGGGGGGAAGUCGCUGGACGAAGGGCCCAAAGGCGGCGUCCUGAAAGAGCAGAUCGUCAAGAAGCUGGAGGAUGCAAACUUCGACUACUGGACGAUCAUCAACAUGUCGGUAUCGGAGCUGACCAACAUGGCGGACAGCAAGGAUUGGGGCAAGGCCAUCGACAAGUACAUGAAGCGUGUGCCGAAUUUGGAGCUGGGCGCCAAGAUCCAGCCAAUCACGUCCACCAUCAUGAGGAUCACGCUGACCAUCAAGCCCAACUUCGACUGGAGCGAUCGUUGGUCCGGGCCUUCUGAGCCCUUUUGGGUGUGGGUCGAGAAUCCCGAGUCGCAGGACAUCCUGCACAGCGAGUACUACGUGCUGCACAAGAGGAACCUACAAGACUCCGGCCAGUUGUCCUUCGCCAUUCCGCUGACGGAGCCGCGGCCGCCACAGUACGUCAUCUCCGUGGUUAGCGACCGAUGGGUGAACGUGAAGUUUACUCAUGAGUUCUCCGUGCAGCAUCUGCUCCUGCCGGAUCGCCAGCAGGCCCACACGCCCCUUCUGGACUUGACCCCGGUGCCCGUGAAAGCCCUGCACAACCCGAACUUCGAGAGGCUGUACAAGUUCACCCACUUCAAUGCGAUCCAGACGCAGGUCUUUCACACUUGCUACCACACCGACUACAAUGUGCUUCUAGGGGCCCCUACUGGUAGUGGCAAGACCAAUGUCGCGGAGCUGACGAUGCCCGUUGCCCCAAAGUUUCUAAGGAUCAUGGCGCUUCGAAAUUAG